AUGGACGCAUCAUUCGAGAGAAACUUCACCUUCUUCACCGUCCCAGCGGCAUUCGUGCUCCUGUUCCUCCCGAAGCUCUACAGCUUCGCGCUGGGCGGUCGGUAUCUCGACCCCGCCAGCCCGAAGAAGUACCAGCCCUCCGUCCUGGAGGCCGACGACCUGGACUACAAGACCAAGGCCCGCAUCCUCCGCGCCGAGGCGGCAUUCGCCAAUGGUCUCGAGACCAUCGGCCUCUAUGCGGCGGCGGUCGCGGCGGUGAAUAUAGCACCGGUGGAACCCGGGACGGCAAAUAUCUUGGCGUUGGUUUACCUGGCGACCAGAGUGGUAUAUAACAUGAUCUAUGUAGUCCUGCAGGAUGAUCCGCGCUGGGCGUUGGCGAGGAGCGUGACGUGGUUUGCCGGCAUAGGAAUCGUUCUGGCAAUGUUCGGGUUGGCUGGUGCUGCGGUGUAUUGA